CAUAAUUAUUCGGAAAAGUGUUUUUUUUUGCUCAAGGUCUUUAGUCGUAAAUGUAUCGAGACAAAAAAUGUAUCAAUGUACAUUGGUGCGUCAGCGCUGCUCACCGUCCUUUAACUAGAUUGGAUAUAAAUUUUACGUUAAUGGGUCCUGCCCUCCCAAACAUGUUAAGCACCCAAAGCGUUUGCAUGGAAUAAAAAACUAAUGAAAGGUCGUAGUUUUACUGUUGGAAGUAUCUGAACAUUUUCACACAUUUUUCCUAAAAUUGAUAACGCAAUUGGAGCAAGCCUGGCCUUCAUUCAGCCUGCUAACUAGGCUCUCUGUGUUUCCUGAGCAGCCUGUUCUAAAUGAACAUGUCGUUGGCCCAGCGCGUGCUCCUCUCCUGGGUCUUCACCCUAAUAUUCCUCAUCAUGCUGGUCCUGAAGCUGGAUUCCAAGAUCCAGUGGAACUGGUUCCUCAUCUUUCUCCCUGUCUGGACCUUCGACACCAUCCUCGUCCUCAUGCUGGUGGUGAAGAUGGCGGGCCGCUGUAAGCCCGGGUACGAUCCGCGGGACGGCCAGCAGAACGUGAGGCGGAAGGUGUGGUACCUGGUGGCCAUACUGCUGAAGUUGGGGUUCUGCCUGGCGCUGUGUGCCCGCCUGGAGCGACUGAUGGACCUGUGGCUGAGCGUGGUGUGCGUCCCCCUUUGGACCCUGCUGGUCGGGGCGCUGGUGGAGCUCGGCUACAACGUGUUCCACUACCGCAGGGACUGAGAGGAGAGGUAGAGGGAAGAUGUGGGGGGUUUGGUGGUGAAAUCCCUUAAAAUCAACAGUGAGAAGGAAAUGGAACAUUGACUGAUUUAUCCAUAGAACAUCAGGAGUUACCUCAGGAGAGGCUCACUCUUAGAUCCACAUGACUUCAGGAUUAUAGGUCAUAGACUGUCAUUAACUUCUCUUUCCCAGCAGGGGGGACAUGAGACAGAGAUACAUGUAUGUGUCCUAACUGAUUAUGGACUCUUAAUGCCACGUGAGAUUAUUGUGACUGUUUGAGACUUCAACUACAGAAUCACAUGUACGUUUGGUGUGUCACUGGCAGUGUGUGUGUGUGUUUGAUGUGUCACUGGCAGUGUGUGUGUGUGUGUUUGGUGUGUCACUGGCAGUGUGUGUGUGUUUGGUGUGUCACUGGCAGUGUGUGUGUGUGUUUGGUGUGUCACUGGCAGUGUGUGUGUGUGUUUGGUGUGUCACUGGCAGUGUGUGUGUGUUUGGUGUGUCACUGGCAGUGUGUGUGUGUUUGGUGUGUCACUGGCAGUGUGUGUGUGUGUGUGUGUGUUUGGUGUGUCACUGGCAGUGUGUGUGUGUGUGUUUGGUGUGUCACUGGCAGUGUGUGUGUUUGGUGUGUCACUGGCAGUGUGUGUUUGGUGUGUCACUGGCAGUGUGUGUUUGGUGUGUCACUGGCAGUGUGUGUGUGUGUUUGGUGUGUCACUGGCAGUGUGUGUGUUUGGUGUGUCACUGGCAGUGUGUGUGUGUGUUUGGUGUGUCACUGGCAGUGUGUGUGUGUUUGGUGUAAUGAUGAUUCUUCUCUGCGGGGAAGACGCAUGUCAGCACACAAAUUUUACCUCCCAGAGGAAUUACCUCUCUUUGAUUCGCUGGUCAGAGGUCGACAGGGGGGAGCCUGUGAUUGGAAGAAGCUCAGGGUUCUAAAAUGCAGUUUAUCACACAAACUCCCCCGGCUGAGAUCACUGGUGUUGACCAAGAGUGUAAUUGCCUCAUAUUAAAUCUAUAGGCUCAUCAGAAAGAAGCAAAUUAUGUCAAUAGGCUGAGAAACAUUUUAGAUACUGUUGGUCGCUGUGGUUUCAAUGUUAACUGUUGAGGAGAGUAUAUUCACUUCCUCAUUGAACCCCUUUUUGUGAGAUAAUUUCCUGUCUGGCACGCGUGUCACUAAGCUGAGCUCAUGUAGAGCUCAUAUAGUUGAAACAUCCUCAGAUCGGAGUCGUGACCUGGGGCUGGUCCAUAAAACCAGUUUACGGAAUAAGCCAGGUUUAUGUCAGGGAAAUUUACUUACAUAAGCCUGGCUUAUUCAGUAAAUUCCCUGGUUAGAAAUUGUGUAAAUAAAGUCAAAUCAAACCAUUGGUAAAUCCAAUACUAUUUGUAAAUACUAAUAGAAAAUGAAUAAACAAGACUAAUUUUCAACAUAUAGACUAUAGAGUGUUUAGCUGGUAUAGAGUACUGUUUAGCUGGUACUGGCUCUAACCUACACUGGCAGUUUGUUUUGCUGAAAUCUGAUCAAUACAUUCGGAUAAGUAAACCUUUUACCCAUUUUUAAUCAAAUGUGUGUGUAUUAUACAAGGCUUCCACUAACACUAACCCUACAGUGUGCCUUGUUUACUAGUAGCCCCUUAU